GAGUUAAUUGCAUAUCUGGUUUUUCCUUGUGUCGUUGUCUCUGCUCUUAGAAUAUAUUCUAAAGAGAAGAGACAAUGGAUUCUAAAUUCAAUAAAAGCCUUCUAGUAAUCCUAUCCCUCUUUUCUCUUCUUUUAUCUUCCAAUGCCGUCCCUUCAACCCGCCUUUUUGACUUCAUUUCCUCAAGUGCCUAUGCCCCAGCACCAAGUCCUGUUAAUGACUUCAUUUCCACAAGUAUUUCGGCCGAAACACCAAACUCUGGUGGCGACCUGCUAGAAACUUUCACUUCUCAAGCAGUCAAGAAAACACCAGAGACAAAGUUUGGUGGUGCCAACUUGCUAGGCACCUUCAACCCUUUGUCAGCUGAAGCUGCCAAACAAGUCGAUCCUGAGAUCGUUAAACUAUGCAUUGACGGAGAGAAUCCAGCUCUUUGUGCCGAAACCAUUUCAAAAUUAUUGGAUGGUCCUUUUGACCCUCUCAAGGCACUUGAGAUUGAGGUUGGUGCCACCCACGACCAAGCCAAGGCUGUCGAAAGUACCAUUACCAAGUUGCUUAAGGAUCCUAGCACUGAUAAAAAAGCCAUUGAUGCCCUUGACAUAUGCAAAUCACAAUAUGGUAAUAUGUUGGAUGCAAUCAAGGAAUCAGUGAAGUUACUUGAGGAACAAAAUGUUGUGGAUGCUUAUUACAAGUUCAAUGCUGUUAUAUCAUACCGAUCUGCAUGUGAGGAUGCUUUUGUGGAGUCUCCUGGUGUUGAAAUGCCAUUUUCUCAAGAUUCACAAGCUCUAUUUGAUUUGGGUGGUAAUUGUUUGGGCAUCAUGAACGCCUUAGUUAAUAACAUCAAACUUUAAAUUUAUUUAGUGCAUGAAAUACAUGGGAGAAGGAGGUGGUGACUAGUAAGGUUGUACUCUUUUCAUAUGGUUAUACAUUCAUGGUUUUAUAUACUAUAAAAUCAACCACAUAUUAUUUGAUAUCAAAUAUACAUGUCUAUUGUGAAUCCAAUGUCAAGGAUCUUAAAUAGGGCAGAGUAUAUAUGUUUUGUAAAAAUGGGUAACAUAUUCCCAUUAGAUACUAGUGUAACGUGUAAGUUGCACGUUUGUAUUAAAUCAAUAUCAACAUAAUCAUUUGUCGAAAAA